AUUUUCGUCAGAAAUUUGAAAAUUGAGAUAAAUAUGUAGGAAGAUAGCUCAUCUUCGGAUCUUUCAGAUAUUAUAUGGUUUUUUAUCCAAAACCUCCUUUUUGGCUAAAAAUGUUGAUGAUUUUCCUAAUCAGCUGCUUGAAAAAACAGGCUUUUUUUUAAAAAAACGAAAAAGAUUUUUUCGCUUUUUUCUCUAUCUAUGAUUUUUUGAACUUGUAAUCGUCUUUCUCCGCUAAAAAAGUAAGAAUUCAAAAAACCGACUCUAUGAUCCCCUGCAUUCUGACAUGUUCUUUCUAACACAGAAAGAAAAACGUAUAGCACGAGACUGGACCGAGAAAUAUUGGACGCAAAGUGAACUAUUUUUUUCCCUUGUUUGGUGAAUAUCUCGCUCAAACAUCAUGGCAUAGAGCUGAAAAUUUUAUCGUAGCCUCACCACUACAAUCCUAACAUAUUCGAAAAAUUUCAGCAAAUUCGGGUCUCAAAGGGUUAACCUAAAGCUAUCUUCCGAUGAACAUAUCUGUCGAUUAAUUUUGAUUUCAUUUAAACAACAAAGAACUUGAAUAGUAUUGGAUCUUAAAGUUUUAGGAUUUUUUUUUCAUUGAAAACGAACUAUAUAUUAUCUAAACUAAUUACAGUAGUGGACGAAAAGUAUAUCACCUAGUGUAUCUCGGCUAUUAUAUAUGCUGAAGAUCUGAAAAUUUGUGUGCACAUGUUUCACUAAGAACAUCAGUGUACCUUAAAUGCAACAAGAAUUAUGAUAGAUGGUAAUGAAUCACAUUCAUCUAUCCUAUUAACUUCUUAGUUCUGAAAAAAAAAAAAAAGAACUUUUUCAAGUCGAUCGAUUCUUCAUGAUUUAGUGUUUUCUUUCGGUUAUCUACCGUGUUAAUUUCAUAAAUCCUUUCUAGAAUUGUAGUUAGUUUUCCAUAACCAUUCGAAUGGGUUGGCCGUAGUUAGAAUAUUACUACCUACAAAUUUCAUGUAAAAACCUUCUACUAAAUGAAAAUACCAUUCAGAUAAUCAUCAUGUUGAUAGAAACGUAUGCCGAGACAGCAAUCUUCAAUUAUAUUACCUGAAACUUUAACUAAAAACAAAGAAUAUAGACUGGGCUCUAUUUGCAUGCUAAAAUAUUAAGAAUUAGUCAUUUAUUUGAUAACAUAUAACAAAAAAUUUAGUAGACAACUUUUUUCAGGCUGAAAGCUUGAAGAAAACCAAAGGAGCUCUUCAUUAUAAUUCUCAUUGCAAUUAAUCAAUCGAGAUGACCUCGUGUUUCUGAAUAAAACUCUUAUGUGACUUUCAAAAAUUGAAUAGAUUAUGUCUAUAUUCGAGUUGUAUAUAAUAAUUCUGAAUCCAGAUUGACAAUAAAUUAAACUUUGAAUCCACAGUUUUCAAAAUGACUUUCUGAAUAAUUCAAGAAAAAAAAAGAAUAUCACAAAAAAUUUUUUUUGUUCAAUUAGAUAUCAGAUGAAUCAUUAUCACCUGAUCUAAUUGCAAUGUCGGAAAUGUUAAAAUGUAGUUUACAUGAUGUUGAAGAAUUACCCAAAGAUGUACGAAAAUUACUUGAUACUCAAUUAUAUAAUCUUGAUUUAACACUUAUACCAAAAAUGGUUCGAUCAUAUGAAGAACUUCAAAUGAAACAUGAACCAUUAACAUUAAUAAAACCUCAAUUUGAAGUUCCUAUGCCAGCACUUAAACCAGCUGUUUAUCCGCCAAUAUUUCGUGAUUGUGAACCACCACCACUUGAAUUAUUUGAUCUUGAAGAUUAUUUUGCAUCGGAAACAUCACGUUUAAAUCAAUUAACAAAUAAAUGUUCGGAACAAGAUUUAGAAUUAUUUAUUAAAGAAUUUGGGAAUAUUGCUGGUAUAUCAAGUCGUAUGCCAACUGAUCAACGUGGUGGAAAACAAAUUUUAGAGUUUGUUGUUACACAAUUAUUUGAAUUUAAACGAAUGUAUCAACCAGGAAUGGAAGAUGAUUAUAUGGGUGUUCAUGAUAAUCCACUAGAUUCAGGCAGAUAUACAUUCGGAGGAGGAGGUGCUGCUGCUGCUGCUGCGGCGUUGAAUUACGAUCGUCUUAUUGUCGAUUAA